UGACGUCAUCAGUAGGUGGUUCUGAACUUCCUAGUUUAGUCUCACUUUAUGUCAACAGAGCAGCAGAGUUCAGCUAACACGACGUGGACCUAAAGACCGCUGCUCUCCCGGCUCUGUGCCCUCCUCUGUAAGUCCGUGUAAGUGUCCGUGGAUGUUUAAGAUGACUCUUCGCGGAGUACUCUCAGCGGUUCUGGUCCCGGUCUGCUGGCUGCUGGUGACUCUGGCGGAGGAUGCACCCGGAUCUCCCGCCGCCGCCCCCGCGGUGCCCAGACCCGCGGUGACGAACUCCAGCGGGGUGAACUCGACUCAGAGCACCAGAGGAAUGUUCAACAACCUCAACGUGGACAGCUCCAUGAUCCAGCGGGCCCUGUACGUCCUGAUCGGCAUCACCAUGAUCGGAGUCCUCUACUUCCUCAUCCGAGCCGUGCGGCUGAAGAGGCCAGCCCAGAGGAAAAAGUACGGCCUGCUGUCAAACCAAGACGACUCUGUUGAGAUGGAUGGGAUGGAGAGCGAGGAAGACGACACGCUGUAUGAAGCUCGCAGCCUCCGCAGAUGAGGGGCGUCUGUGUGGUCUCCUCCUGGCGGAUCAGAUGGGGAGAUCAGCUGAUAUUGAUUGUGGAUCUGAGAGAGAGGAUGGACCAAUCACUGCUGAGGAGAGACAUGGACCAAACAGUUAUUGAAGAAAAAUGCCAAAGCUGCUCGAGGAGCCCGAGCAGGAUAAUCAUUAUAUUUUUAAGGUGGAUUUGGAAGAAAGGAGCAGACGUGACAGCUCUGUGGAUCAUUUAUUAUUAUUAUUGUUAUUAUUAUUAUUAUUGUUAUUAUUAUUUCAGAGACUUCUUCUUCAUGUCUUCUCUUCAUUCUGAGCUCUUCUGCUCCAACUGCGUGCUUGAACUACUGUAAACUGACUCUAAAGCAGCUGAUAAACCUGCAGCACAGAUCAGAGGGUCUGAUCAGGACUCUGACCCUCCACACUGCUCAUUACCCAGCCUGCUGGAGUCUCUUUUAGGUCCUGAGGUCCUGUGAGGCUCUGAGUGUUAAGCUCUAACACGGUGUUAAAAAGAAACCUACAGUUCACAUCAGCCUGCAGUAUUUCUGAAAAACUUUAUACUUUGUUUAGAGACAUGGUCUCAGUUAUCUUGUUCAUUAUAGUUUAUCACAUGAGCACUGAGUCCAGGCCUCACACCCAGGAGCUUUAAGGGGACUUCAAGGGUUCAAACUUUGGUCCUGCUUUUACAAAUUUUGGAUUAAACAGCAAACUCCGUCAAUAGAAUCGUUCCUUUUACCUUGGAGAACACUCAGUCUCUGCUCGUGAACUGACGCCUCUGUUAGUUAGUUUGUACUUUCAUUGACUGUAUAAAACACCCUAUUUGAGAUGUGAAGCCAGAAGAACGCCUCAAUGGGCGAUGACAUUUUAUGCUGAUGAAACCACAGUCUUAAUGUCCCACCCCUUCCUCUAACAAACCCACAUUCACCUUCUUGCUCCCUCAGGUGGGUCUGAUCCACAGCAGAACAGAUUCUUGUGUGGGUUUGAAGCAGACACUCACAGUUAUGGAAAGUUAAACGGCUCUUGUGUUAGUGCUUGUUACCUUUCCUCUUACCGUUCCUCCACUACUCUGAUAAUCCAGUUCACACAGCACUGCAGGAGCCUCAUUGGUCAACAUAGGUGUUAAUCAUGAUGUUACAUCCCCUCUUUUUAUAGCAUGAAAUAACUAAUUCAUAACAAACUACAAUGAACACUGACACAAAUCUGCAUUAUAAGAACUGGCUAUAAUGACGGAAACCAUGUUUGACAAACAUUUAUUAUGUUAAGUUUUUGGGCUCUUUUGCCUUCAUUGACAGGACAGCUGAAGAGAGACAGGAAAUGUGGGGAGUAGAGAGUGGGGGAAGACAUGCAGCAAAUCGUCAACCUGUCGGGAGUCAAACCAGCAACCUCUGCGACGAGGACUGAAGCCUCUAUACGUGGGGCGCUUAGACUGCUAGGCCACCUUCAGAUUUCCUAGUUUGACCCAUCUGUUAACAUGGAGGAGGCGGGGCUUGUGACCUAAACUGCAGAGAUCAGCAGGGGGAGCUCUGAAUGUUUUGACUUCACAGUCUAUAAACACUUACAGCUUCAUUUUAAUAUACAGUCUAUGGUUACAGUGUUGGUCCCAAACUGAACACACAACAAGUAAAACUAGAGGCAGAGGUCGAGCAGCAGUUCCUGAGCUCUAUGAGGUUCAGAACUUUUAGUGGACACACUUUGAUUCAUCAAGGAUUAUGCUGCAGACAUUAAAGCCUGCUUACCUGCUUCAGGAUGAAGACAUCACUCGGAGUUUUCCUACCUGUUCGUCAUCAAAUAUCCCAAAUCUGUAAAAACAGGACCCAGGUUUAAAAGGACAGAAGUGCUCUUUAAUGUGGACCUAGCUUCUCUUUGUCACAUGGAGUGAUCCUUUUUUUGAUGCGGUCAUCUUCUUGUAUUUUCACAGAGAGUUUUGUACAAAGAUCUUAACUAUAAAACCUGAGAUCACCCCGACAGUAAGAAGAAUUGAGUGUGACAAAGUGACAGGCCAAAGUUGCGCUCCUGAUGUUCACGGACGAACAGACUUUUAAUUUCUCUUUGCAUCAGAUUGAAAUGUUUGAAAUGUUUUUGAUUGAUUCUGUUUCCUCAAACAUGUUUCAGCCUGUUUCAUAUUUUACUACUAUGAACAUGAAUCCACAUUUCCUCUGCUGCUGUUGGUUAGAGGAACAGAGUGUUUAUCACCUUCGUCUAUGAAACUUUGAGUUCUUCUCUUUACACGAAAAAACUUCUCAAUAAAAACAUCCAAUAUA